AUGUGCAGUCAUGCUAAUUCAAGACAACCAAUUGUGGCCGUUGAUCGUGAAAACAUGGGACAAAAGUGCUGUCGGUACCAGAUCUCGGCUGACGAUGUUGGGACCGACAUUUCUGUGGAGGCGCAGCCAGCAGACGUGGACGAUGGUCACCACGGCACGGUCAUCGGAGAGGCCGAUUGGUGCUGUUGUGGGAAGCUCAUGGGCCGCGACAGCCGGGAAGUCUACGCUGAGUGCCCUUCGCCGGCUUCUACUGGCAAUGCUAUCCUCGAUCAUUGUGUUGUGCUGCGAGGCUUGGUCGACGGUGUUUGUUUUCGGCAGUUUUUGCGCACCUUCGUGCAGUUCCGGUUGGUCAUGAGCGAAGUCAAGACAUUCCACCUCAUGGCCCUUACGCGUACUGCGCGUGACUUGAUCGCCCUCACCAUACGUGCUGUCAUUCCGAUUACAGAUGCUCGCUUGGAUGCGUGUAUCGUGCUUGAGACGCUGGCGAAGGAGCUGACUCGUGGAAGCCUGUCGGCACUAGGUGUCACACGUGUCAGCAAAGCGGUGCAACGCGGAAGCGGCGGCCUCCGAAUGGAGGAGCGCCAGAAGAGGAAGCCUAGGAUGACCUGCGAUGACUUCACAGGUGUUAGCGGCGUCAUGACGGGCCAAGAGCCCAAGGCCGUGCAGCAGCUGGUCUCGGAUCUCAAGAUGAUGGCCGCUUAUGAUGCAGCUGCUGACUGGGGCGAGGCGAAGGCCAUGGAUGGCGCAUAUGCUGCAAUGUCGUGGGAUGAUGCUGCAGUCAAGGCUGCGCUGCCAGAAUAUCUGAAGUCCUCCGGUGAGGAGCGUGCCAAGGUCGACUAUGCUUUCGGUGCUCUCAUCCUGCGGCCGCCGCAGACCAGUGACGUGCGGCAGGCUGCGAUGCAGACCUGGAUCAAAGCUCGUUUAUUCACUUACAACAAGGUCCUUCCUUUCGACUUCAGCCCACCUGCAGCCUGA